AUGGAUAAGAGCAAAUCACCUGUACGCCGUGCUAAACGUCAAUCUAAAGUAGUGGAAGAAAAUUUCUGGGACUGCAGCGUCUGUACUUAUCGCAAUACUGCUGAAGCAUUCAAGUGCUUAAUGUGCGACGUGAGAAAAGGCACUUCCACGCGAAAGCCGCGACUAAAUUCUGCGCUAGCGGCACAACAGGCAGCAACGCAAGCAUUUCCUGGAGCGUCCGGUGGGUCACAGGCCGGAUCGAACGUGAAGUCUCCUGGCGGCACAAAAUCACUGCGUAGCAAAGGGAAACGUUCAAAACAUCCGGCAAGGUUAAAAAACAUUGAUCGUUCUAGCGGACAGACUCGUGAAGUGACCGUUAAUUCGGUUACGGUGGUAAUUACCGAAUACAAACCAAAGCCCUCCGUGAGCCGGCAUGAUUCGAGUGAAAGUUUUAGUGAGAGUAACGAUUCUAGAAGUUAA